CACAUCGGCCAUCCAACGAGCAGUAGACAUCUGAGAGCUGACACACAACACACAUCACACAACACACAAAAUGCAACUUGGUCUUUGGUUUGGGCUUUUCGCCGUCGCCGCCGCACCGCUGGUGAGCGCUAAUUACGGUUCAUCAGGUGGUGCCGGUGGUCAGAUUCAGUAUCUGCCCGGAGGUCCAUCGGCCGGUCUGGAGGAGUAUGUGAAUGCAGCCACUGGCGGCAAUCAGCCAUCGUCGAACCAACUGACGGCUCAGGCCGAGAUUCAGCCAUCCGCCGAGGAGGCCCGUCGUCUGGGACGCGUGCAAGCUCAACUGCAUGCACUCAACUCCAAUCCCACGUACCAGAAGCUGAAGAACUCCGAGGAUAUUGCCGAGUCGCUGGCUGAGAACAAUCUGGCUAGCAACAUCCGUCAGGGCAAAAUCAGUGUUGUCUCUCCCCAGUUUGUGGAUCAGCAUCUGUUCCGUUCCCUGUUGGUGCCAUCUGGCCGCAACAACCAUCAGGUGAUUGCCACACAGCCCCUGCCACCAAUCAUUGUGCACCAGCCAGGCGCACCACCAGCCCAUGUGAACAGCGGCCCACCGACUGUGGUGCGCGGCAAUCCCGUCAUCUAUCAAGUCAAGCCUUCGGUCAUUUACCAGCAGGAGGUGAUCAACAAGGUGCCCACUCCUUUGAGCCUCAACCCUGUCUACGUCAAGGUGUACAAGCCAGGCAAGAAGAUCGAGGCUCCUUUGGCCCCAGUCGUUGCCCCCGUCUACAAUCAGCCCCAAUCCUAUGGCAACUCUGGUGAUCAUCAUCAUCAUCAUCAUCAGUCCGCUGCCAACGGCGCUUCCAGCUCCGACAGCUAUGCCGCCGGCGCUGAUUCUCCUCUGUACGCCAGCCCAGCGCCCUAUGGCUCCCCAAGCUAUUAAGCACUGCAGACGGAGCAGCAGUCCUGCCCACCUGGCGGAUGAUUAAUUUACAAAUUUGUUUUUUUAAUGCAAAUAAAAAAUGCCUAAAAUAUA